CCCUCCCAGAGGGUCAAAUGUUGCAAUUGGAGGAGGAGAGGCCAAUGGAUAACAAGCUGGUGCUUCAUUAACCAAUGUUUACAGCCCUGCUUAGGGCUGUUUUCAUCAGAAAUCAGGACAAACUUUGACAUAUUGGUUUGAGAUAAAAGUGGAAGAUAUUUGUUCAGUCUUACCAGUCUGUCCAGUUUUUCCCUCUUAUAUUUUAACAGGCAGCUGCACCAUAUCUCUCCUCAGUUCUUUCACUUCUGAUCACUCGCAGCAAGAGCUGGUGUGGUUAUUAGUGGCUACAUAAGGAGAUAUCUAUCUUCAGGUUUGAGAACUUUCAGAGAGCUGAUCUUAAAGGGAAAGGAUGAGCAUGUUUCUGUACUUGGGGUUGCCUCCAUUGGCCAUUUAUGCACUAGUCUCCCGGUACCUGCUGAAAAACCCACACCAUCUCCACAAGAGGAAACAACCUGCUUUCUACUGCACUCACAUUUCACACCGAGGAGGGUCGGGAGAGAAGAUAGAAAGCACCAUGGAGGCGUUUACACAUGCAGUGGAACAGGGCACAGAGAUGCUGGAGAUGGACUGUCACUUGACACAGGAUGGAUAUGUGGUCGUUUCUCAUGAUGAGAACCUGAAGAGGCAGACAGGCCAAGAUGUCAACAUCUCCUCACUCAAUUUGGAGGAACUGCCUUUGUAUAACGAAUCACUUGAAGUGACCUUCCAUGCAGGCCACCACAGCACCGGCACAGACAGGAAGAUCGCUCUUCUGGAGGAUGUGUUCAGGAAGUUCCCUCAGAUCCCCAUAAGCAUUGAGAUCAAAGAGAACAACCAACAGCUGAUGCAAGAGAUUUCAAACAUGGUUAAACGCUACAACAGAGAAAACAUCACUGUGUGGGCCUCAGUAGACUCCACCAUCUUGAAGAAGUGCCGCAGUAUCAACAGCUCUAUGCCUUACAGUUUCUCAAUGAAACGUGGCGUCCUGGUUCUGCUCCUGUUCUACAUUGGCCUACUGCCCUUUGUCCCUCUGGGAGAGAGCCUGCUGCAGUUUUACCUGCCACGCAUCAUUAACAGGACCUACAUACCAGAGAAAGGAAUCCUGAGGAAAAGACUGAUUGUUUCUUUUAUAGAUAAGAUAACAAUGAGAAAAAGUCUGUUCAAACACCUCGCAGCCCGUGGAAUACAGGUGCAUUUAUUUGUUUGCAAUGAACAUAAAGACAUCAAGGAAGCGUUUGAACUGGGAGCCACAGGAGUCAUGACUGAUUAUCCAUCUUUGCUCUCAAGCUACAUCCAGACAUACAGGAGUCAACAUUGAACCCCAGCAGAACGAAAAGAGGACGGCAAAAACACCAAAGACUGUGUUUCAUGUUAAUAAGCUGAAAGAACUAAGGUUUCAUUCUGUUCUUUAAGCAUAAAGGGCACUUAAUCACUGCAGAGGGGGUGAUCAUGUCUACUGUAUAUAAUCAGAUCAUUAUGUAAAGAAAGUGUGAAUGAGCUUUGUCAGCGGUGAAUGUUUAACUAGAUGGAGCCUGUCACUUGACAACCAGUGAUAAGGCGCAAAACAAACAUGGCUUUGUUUUGACUGUAGCUAUUCUCUGACAGUAUUGGCCAGUUUAAUUGCAUCUGUUCUUUUAUAAUAAAUAAAAAGUCACUCAAAAUGCACAGAAAA